CCGAUUCCAUGCCCUUUUUCGUCUCAACAAAAUUAAAAUUAAUAAAGCGAUAAAAAUUAACAAGUGAAAUAAUUUUGUCCAUCUUCUGCUCUCAAUCUCAUUCUGAGACAGACAAUCAGAUCUUAUUCUUCUUCACCUUUGCUGAAUCCAAUCUCUCCAGGAAAAAAUCGUUUCCACGUGCCAUACCCUAAUCCUUGGAUCCGCUGAUGUAACCCUCGCUGAUUUCCUCUUUCGAGUUUUUCCCUGUUUUUUUUUUUUUUUUCGUGUCGGAAAAAGGGAGCUCUACGAUGGAUCCGGAAGAAUUUCGGGCGAUUUUGUCGAGAUCGGGAGUCGGAAUUUGGGCGAUGAUUGAGGCGGCGAUUAGAGUCGCCAGCUCAGACUACGGCGAGGAGUUGCGCCGCCGCCGCGAUAAAAUUGUCGAGUCGCUUUACGCGCCGGCGGCGCAGCUCUGUCGGAGCUGCAACGGGGACGUCCACCAGAACGUCGCUCAGGACGAGCAGUAUUAUCCGCAAAAUAUUAGUACCGUUUAUAAUAAUAGUGAUGAUAUUGAUAACAAUAUUAGUAAGAAGUAUAAUAAUGAUGAUGAUAAUAACAAUAUGAAUUCGAAUGAGGAUUUUAGUAAGAGUCCGUCGACUCCGGAGUCAAACCAUCGGGAUUUUAGUGGUGGAGAAGCCGAAGAGGAUUUGGACCCCUACGGAGGGUUGUUUGAUGAUGAGCAGACCAAAAUUGUCACCAUCAAAGAGCAGCUGGAAGAUCCAAACCAGAGUGAAGAUGCUGUGGUGGAAUUGCUCCAAAACCUGGCAGAUAUGGAUAUCACGUUUCAAGCUCUGAAGGAAACUGAUAUAGGAAGGCAUGUGAAUCGAUUGCGAAAGCAUCCAUCAAAUGAAGUUCGCAGAUUGGUGAAGCAGCUUGUCAGAAAAUGGAAGGAAACUGUGGAUGAAUGGGUUAAGGUGAACCAACCACAAGGAACUUCAAACCUCAUUGCUGAUGGGGACUCACCUCAGCAGAGCAUACCCAAAAAUCAAGAAAAUGGCCAUCACCAGGUUCCAGAUUUUGGGUACUCCCCGAAUCCACAGAAUGGGAGGUCUAGUGUGGAAAGGAAUUAUGCAGAACAUGAAACAAAGCCCAGACAACCACAGUUUGCUCCUCGAAGAGAAGCUCCAUCAAAACCACCACAAUCAGUUCCUAAAUCUGCUUCUGCUCCACCAAAUAGAGCACAAAGAGAACCAGUCAUAGAUGAUGAGAGGCUGAAUUCAGCAAGAAGGCGGCUUCAAGAGAACUACCAAGAAGCUCAGAACGCCAAAAAGCAACGGACGAUUCAAGUGAUGGAUAUUCAUGAGAUUCCCAAACCAAAGAACGCCUUCUUUGCCAAGAACAAAGGCGGCUUUCAAGGGAGGCACCAUCGGUGAUUGACAUAUUUUGUUUUAGGUUUCUACCCCAUUAUUGCAUCCAACUUUGUUUCUGAAAAGGGCCUUUCCACAAAGCAGUUGGCUUAGCCUGCUUUUUACACUUUGUCUUUAUGCAUGAAUUGAAGUAUAGAACUAAUGUUAAUCUGUGGUUUAAAUUUAUACUACUGAGUAAUUUUUGCCACUAGUGCCUCAAAUCUACUGCAAAAUGCAUAACUGGCUGAGUUGCUUUUUUUCUUUUGGCUUCUUAUGUUAGUGAAUUUAUUAGAAGGCCAGAGAAGAUAGUGUUGAGGCUUUAGAAGCAGUAUUUGGGUAUUUGCAAAUAUUACAGGUUACCGUUAGUACUAUUUGUUUUCUGGCUGUUAUUUAGACCUUGGCUUGUCCUCAAA